AUGGGCCGCAAGGGGCGCAACAAGGCCGCGCACCGCGUCCGUCAGCAUGUGGCAGAUAUAGAGCAAGGCGUGAACGCGCCGCUACUUGCGGGCGAGCGAUCGCAGGAGCCGUCGCGGACGGAGCUCUCGGAUGCCUCUCACUCCGGGCGCCGCGAGCGCGUGCGGCCGCCGCGAGCGUCCUCCGUGAAUUUCGGGCCCACAGUCCCCGAGGCGGAGGUCGGCGAGGCGUAUCUGAGCUUCCUCUCGGAGAUGCGCGAGGAACAGGGCGACGGGGAGGAGGUGGGCCGGCUGGCGCAGUGGGCCACGGUCCUGAGCAUCGCCUCCAACAUCAUCCUCCUGUUCGCCAAGGGCUGGGUCUUCUUCUCCACGCUCUCCAUGUCGGUCCUCGCGUCGUUCGCGGAUUCCGUCGUGGACCUCGCGAGCCAGGGCGUCCUGCUCCUGGCCGCGCGGGCGGCCCACCAGCGCGACGCGCGGUUCCCCGUCGGCCGCACGCGGCUGAACACGGUCUCGGUGAUGUUGUGCGCGGGCAUCAUGUCGGUGGCCUUGCUCGAGGUGAUCCAGGAGUCGAUCGAGAAGCUCUGGGUCAACAUCCGCGACCACACGCAGCCCGUGCUCGAGCUCACGGGGUACAUGUACGCCAUCAUGCUGGCGGCCACGGGCGUGAAGCUGUCGGUGUGGAUUGGGUGCAAAAUGGCGCUGCGGCGCGGGAAGAGCAACACGCUGGAGGCGCUGGCGAUCGACGCGCGCGUGGACUUCUUCGCGAACACGUGGGCCAUCGGGAUGGCCGCGGCGGCGUCGCGCAGCCCGGACCAGUGGUGGUUGGACCCCGCGGGGGGUAUAAUGAUCGCGGUGUGGGGCCUGUGGUCGUGGGGGUCGCUGACGAACGAGCAGGUCAACAACCUCGUCGGGAGGGCCGCGUCGGAGGACUUCGUGCAGCGCGUGCGGGAGGUCGUCGACACGCACCACGACCUGGUCAAGCACGACAGCGUGCGCGCCUACCACUUCGGAGAGAGCCUCUUCGUGGAGCUCGAGGUCAUCAUGCCGGCGUCGAUGACGGUCGCGGAGAGCCACGACAUCGCGGUGAUGCUGCAGCACAAGGUGGAGGCGCUGCCGUUCGUGGAGCGGUGCUUCGUGCACGUCGACUACACGUCGCGCGAGGAGGCGGAGCACAAGGUGGACCGCAACUUGGCGGAAGGGCAGCCCGUCAACCAGCCGCACCCGGUCAUCCGCGGCGCGAUCGAAAGCAGCAUGCACCGCUCCGGCAAGCCAGACGGAAGUUCGAUAUCAUCGCUGAGUCAGACAGCCGGGCCGUCGCAGCCAGAGGCGCCGAGCAUGCUGACGGACCCUGACGCGCAGCGCGGGUCGCGCGAGAGCUUCGGCACCGCAUACGGCACGCCGACGUCGCAGCCAGCGAGCACGCGGUCGAACGCCAGCGGCGGCGGGACGUGGCGGACGCCGAUCACGCCGCUCACCGGGCCAGACGACCGGUCCUGA